AUGAAGAUGAAGAGCAAAGCAGCUGUGAUUUCAUCUAGUUUGGUAUUCAUUUUAUCAAACUGGGCAUGGGGAGAUUGGUGUGAAGGUGCAUUACAGAUAGGAUUUUACAGAGGGAAAUGUGGAAUUGCAGAUGUUGAAGCCAUAGUGGCCGGCGUCGUCACUGCAAGGUUCGUUAGAGAUCCCACUACUGUGGCUGCACUCUUGCGUUUGCAAUAUCACGAUUGCUUUGUCAAUGGGUGUGAUGCAUCAAUUCUGGUAGUCGGCAGCAACAGUGAGAAAACAGCUCCUCCAAAUCUGAGCGUAAGAGGUUUUAAUAUUAUAGAUGACGCCAAGGCCGCUGUUGAUAGAAUUUGCCUAGGGGUGGUCUCUUGUGCUGAUCUUAUUAUAAUUGCUACUAGAGAUGCUGUUUUCUUGAGUUUAGGAGUAAGAUAUGAAGUGCAAACAGGAAGAAGAGAUGGUUUAGUCUCUCUACCUCAAAAUGUGUCUCUCUUUCUCCCACCACCUUUAGCUUCAGUCUCUCACUCCAUCGCCUUAUUCGCUAACAAAGGCCUCACUCCGACUGACAUGGUUCUUCUUCUAGGUGCUCACUCUGUUGGAGUAGUUCAUUGCUCACUCUUAAAAGAUCGCCUUUACAAUUUCAGAAACACCGGCAGACCUGAUCCAACCAUGGAUCCUUUUCUUCUAAAUUUACUCAGACUUCGCUGUCCUCAAAACACACCGACAAACAAUAUAGUUAAUCUUGAUCAGAAUCCAUUCAUGGACAACUCAUACUAUCAGCGGUUAUUGUUAAAGAGAGGCAUUCUUCCGAUUGAUCAAGAGUUAGCAUUACACCCAUUAACAAGGGGUACAGUGAUGACCUUAGCCACCAAAGGGUUUGAUUUCCCGUCCCGGUUCGGCGCUGCCAUGGUUAAACUUGGAGCUAUUGAGGUUCUUACUGGUAGUCAAGGAGAGAUUAGAAGAUCAUGUAGAGCCUUCAAUGAGCAUUAA